AAUGGCUGGGUCCAAACACGGAAGUGUUGAAGGUCAAUGCGCCCAGGUGUCCAGAUGUACGUCAGCCCGUCUUCUACACGUAGAACAGUGCUGCUAUAAUCAACAUGGCUGACAACGACUUCCGGUGGGGUCAGAUCACCUACACUCUGAGGGAAUUCCUGGACAGUUUCACCUUGCCAAGGAUAGUGAAGGUCACGGAUGGGCAUUAUGGGAAUACCGAAGUGGAGUCACUUGCAGCUGGUCAGAUCGUCCGGAUCCACAGACAGGUCAGGCAGCUGAGGGUGAUCGCAGAGGACAGACACGGCCGCCGUCUCAGCAUUCCUGCAGACCGGAAGGGCGUGGCUUUGUUCGAUGUCGUAUCCGGCGGCAGAGUUCAAGAAUUUGACAAAGACAUAGUGGACAUUCUCCAGACGCACACGCUGCCGCUGAGGGCCCAGUUCUCUCGUGAGAUCGGCUUGAGAAGUACGGACCGGCACGGUGUGCAGAUGUUCGGGGAGCUGACUCUACUGGAGACGUACGAAGAGAAAUACCUGCAGGGGAACUCCUAUUCAGACAGCACGCUGGUUGAGACCGUCCUCCUGAUCCCGAUGUAUCUGACCCUGCGUGUCGCGGUGGCGGAGGGGCUGCUACGGGGCGGCGACAGUGACUGGACAAGUCUGUGUCAGGCUCUUUCUCACACUGCAGACACCGUCAGCUUUGAUGACGUCGUCGGGAACGAAGACGUUUCUCUGUACACGAAGACAUCAGUGGAAGAACAUAACCACAUUUACGAUGAAAUAGAGCCAACCCGCAUCCUUAAAGUCUAUGCUGUGAGAGAUCUGAUGUCGUCUGAGGUUCUUGAUGUCGGAAAGACGUACGCACCACUUCCACCUGCCCCUGAUGAGAAGGAAAAGAAGGGGAAGAAGAAGGAGGAAAAGAAGAAGGCCCCUCCACCUGUACCCUUGAAACCAAAGUCCUUAAGAAGGCCGGCUGGAAUUCCACUGCCCGGAUUGACACCUCAAUCUUUGAAAGGUCAAACAGAUAAACCACAACAGGACAAAAGACCGGUAGUCCAACGGCGGCCUGCCAUUGGACAGCCAUCGACGGACUCCUACCAGACCCUGGUGUUUGAUGACCCGAGUACGACGUGCUACCAGGGGCUGUACAUGGAGGGUGAAGCGGGAGCUGUGCAGGACACAGCAGCUAGUUCACACACUACAGGGAACGUAGCCGGAGCCGUGUCCACACCUGGGAUGCCACGAGUCGAUGAAGCUGCCCCGUCAAGAAAGCCACUACUCCCUCCCCCGGCAGGAGGGGUACCCACGGCCGUAGUCUUCGCCUCUCCUUCUGUCACACACGCACCAAAACCGAAGGAUGAAACCACAAGUACGCCAACAACCAAGGAAAACCUGAAGGAAACAGACUCAGCGCAAAAAGCGGCUAAUCCCAGCUCUUCCGCUGGAAGGCGCUUCAGUGCAGGUGGGGAACAACUGGGAGUCUUCAUCGAAACGUUCAGUGACAUCCCGAAGGACAUGAGGACCAUUACCAUCGCACAGAUGGCAGACUGCCUCCGUCUCUUGAAGCUGGAUAAGUACAUCGCGACAUUUGAAGAAAACAUGGUGGACGGUGACCUGCUGAUGGACCUGGACAAGGCCAUGAUGCGGAACGACCUCAACAUGUCCCCUCUCGACUGUGUCAAACUACUCAAGUUCAGGGACGAAGGCUGGCGUCCAAAGGACCAAUGAACAGGCUUUGGAUACGCCUACGUAUAAAUAUAUUGGCACGCAGAAUCGUCCUGACAUUUUCGUCCACUAAAACAAUGAAGAUCACAUCCGCGCAAGUCAUGGCCAGCUGAGUCAAAUAUGAUGCGCUUCAGUCAAGCACCGCUAGGUACGCUUUUAGUCAAAGCGUUAUCAAUGGUCGGUCAAACAAUCACACUUAAGUUUAAUAUGGAGCAAUUUCAUGAUGGUCGACGCAGACAGAGAUAAAGAAGCUCAAAAGAAUAAUUAGUUGUUGUAAUUGUUAGGUUUCCAAAUGUACGACGGAGAUCACAGCGCAUUUUAUCUAUUUACAUGGAGAGCAACUCUAAAGAGUGAAAUCCAGCCCCACGUAACCAUGUAACAUACGGGCAAAUGAGUAGGAUGAGGGCAAUGUAAAAGGAUCAAGGAUUAUGGUGCCGCCAGCAGUACACGUCUUUAUCAUGAAAUUACUUUUACCAGAAAAUAUAUAAUCAUGCUUCUCCACGCUUGAUAAAUAGGGCCUUCACACUGAAAUCAAAUUAGCAGAUUAAAAAAAGUAAAUUCGUGCGACAUUCGGGGCCAUUCGGGUGGAAUUUCCAAAUGUACUUUAUAUCCCCUUCACGCAAGAAGGAAUGAGCCAGAAUGCCGUCAGAUCUUAAAUUCUUUUCUAUUCCUGGGAAUUCGUAGUGUAUUCUAGAAAUUCUCACUGCAUUCCAGAUAAUCUUUUGGCCACAUAAUUCAAAGUGGCUUGCCGUUUCGGUUCUCCAUCGAAUGAGAUAAGAAUGUUUCGAAUAAUGUUGGAAUGCCGUAUGUAUCACUACAGAAAACACCAUUUGAAACCCACA